AUGAUGCCUUUGGUUGCUAAUCCUGUCCAAGAAGGUCUUGACGAGGACUCUGGCGUUGGCGAGCAUAUGGCCAGCGGAGGUGGGCGGCUGGAGCCCCCCCGCAUAGCGCACGCCCACACGGUGGGCCCUGACUGGCCGAGCGAGGCCAGCCUGGAGGAGGGCCUCCCCAAGGCGGGGGCGCUUGCGCGCGCGGUCACCUUCAGCGGGGCGCUGCGCGGCCACACCCCCUCCGCGGGGGAGCUCGUGCUGCAGCAGCCCCUCCUGCGGCCCAUCCGCACGCACCGCGCCAGCGACGGCCAUGGCGGCACUGGCCAGGGGUGGCAAGGCGCGCCCAGCAUGGCCCCCAUGACAGCGGGGGGAGGCCUGGGGGGGGUGGGCAGCCCCACCAAGAGGACGUCGCUCAGUCGGCAGGGGAGCAUAGAGAUGGAGGAGUGCAGGAUAUGCAAGGAGGGGAGGGAGGGCGGGGAGCGGAUGAUCAGGCCGUGCCUGUGCGGCGGCAGCAUGGCGCGCGUGCACCUGCGGUGCCUGCAGCAGUGGCUGGAGCGGCGGCGCGCGGACCCUGCUGUCCCGGACGCGGCCGCGCUGAGCUGCGAGGUGUGCAAGGCGCCGUACCGCCUGCACGUGCGCGAGCGCCUCAACCUCACGCUGGACGCGCUCUGCAGCUGCGCCUCCCUGGGCUUCUACGCCGAGUUUGCCACCAUCCUAGUUACGCUGGCCGCCAUGGUUGCGCUCUUCUACCUCUUUGCCUACUCGCAGGACCAGGCCGGCGUGGGUGGGGUGGCAUUCUACAUCAGUCUGGGCAUGGGCAUCACCGUGCUCGCGCUCGGCAUCUUCACCCUCGCCAAGGUGUCGCAGCGGUGGCGCAAGGCGAACCUGAUCCCGGUGCUGGUGCCCUUCAGCUCGCCCACGUCGCCGCGCUCGCCCAUCACCAGCGUGCACAACGUCUGACACUCAACGGCUGCUGCCGCUCACAAGGGCACCGCGAGAUCAGGGGGCACAAAGGAGCGACUGGAGGGCAAACGAAGGGAAGGCCGGCUAAUAUUAUGUACAAUAACUCGAAAGGUCUGGGGAGCUGCCUGUUGCGAAGUUUCUCCAAACUGCGAAUUUUAGAGGCGGGACAAGCGACGUGUCCCGCACACCUGAAAAGGAUGAGCUAUUGUAGUUAUACGCCUCAAUGUAAGGGGUAGGGAUAUGCAGGUGUAAAGACUAGCUGAGAUCACAAAUAGAAGAGGGCGCAUUGCUUUCUUGUCCAAGUUCUGAACGGGGCAUUGAUUCAGUGUCCCUUCAAAUCAAUCAAAGUCAAUGCAUUAACGUUGGACUGGAACAUCUCUAGGCUAGACGUUCGGAUCCUUAUACUAGACUAUGUUGAAUACAGACAUACAGCUCUGGCGAGUUGACGAUGCAGCGGUAUCCCUGCGAAUUUCACAGGGUCUGCCCCCGUUAGCUCGCAAUCAAGUCAAGACGAACGUCGAACUUAGUCGUAAGAUGGUUUCGUUUCCAGCUAGGAGCUUGACAGGGUGGGAUCCUUGCUAACUUAAGCUACCGCUGUCCACUCAGUUCUCAGUACGUGUGAUCGAGUCGCCAC